AUGGGUUCUGAAUACACUAUAGCCCCUUCAGGAAACACCCUGGCAGUGGACUGGGAUUUCCUUGCUUCACCGCCCGUCAUGGCCUCCAGCAUCUCAGUGAGAAGUUAUGCUGUGAAUCGUCAGCCCUCCUUUUCCAGUCGUUCCCUGAUGGACACCGGUCGCUCUCGCUCUCGGGCUUCGGUCUCGUUUGCUGCAGCCAGCCCGCUGACCCGUUCAGCCUCCAUCAGCCAGGAUCUCAACGGCCUCCAGCUUAAUGGGCUGCAUGGCAACAGCACCAACGAGAAGGAGGCCAUGCAGAGUCUGAACACGCGUCUGGCCAACUACCUGGACAAGGUGCGCUCACUGGAACGCUCCAAUGCCGACCUUGAGAUGAAAAUCAAGCAGGUGAUGAUCGAUCGUAUUCCCAAAGGCCACGAUCUUGAUUCCAUGAUGGCCCAAGCGCAUGCAGUUGAGCAGGAGGUGAGGAAGAAGACCUUGGAAAAUGCUCGUCUGAUGUUAGAAAUUGAUAAUGCUAAACUUGCUGCUGAUGACUUCAGAAUCAAGUGGGAGACUGAGCUGGUGAUGUGUCAGUCUGUGGAACGGGACUGUGUUGCCCUGAAAAAGGCAAAGACUGAUCAUGAGCAGAUCAUCGCCUCACUGAGAGGAGAUUUGGACAGCCUCAAAGAGGAGCUGUACUUUCUAAAGAAAAACCACGAGGAGGAACUGGAGCAGAUGAGGUCUCGCAUCGCCCGGGAUGAGGUGAACGUGGAGGUCGAUUCAGCCAGCGGGCCGGAACUGGGCACGGUGCUGUCGGAGCUGCGCUCUCAGUAUGAAGGGAUCGUCCGGAAGAACAAGGAGCAGGCGGAGCACUGGUACCGCAAGAAGCUGGAGACGGUGCAGAACGAGGUGAGGGAGAGCAACGAGGCUCUGAGAGGAGCCCAGGGAGAGCUGACCGAGAGGCAGCGCUUCCUGCAGACUCUGGAGGUGGAGCUGGACAGUCUCCACAAACAGAUUGCUGCUCUGGAAGGUAAUCUGGGUGAGACAGGUCACAAGUAUUCUUCUGAGAUGGAGCGGCUGCAGGCCACGCUAAACCAGUUGGAGGAAGACCUCUCUCAGCUCAGGCUGGACAUGCAGCGGACCAAGACCGACUAUGAGCAGCUGCUCCGCAUAAAGCAGAACUUGGAAAUGGAGAUAGCAACCUACAGGCGCUUGCUGGAGGGAGAGGAAUCCAAAGGGGAGACUCCUUUUAUCAUCUCUACUUACUUCAAGAAAUCUUAUUUCUUUUCUGCAGAGGAGCCUGACGUCCGCACCAGGAAAAUCGUGAAAGUGGUGACCCAGACCAUGGUCAACGGCAAAGUGGUAGAUGAGUCCAGUGAGGUGGAGCAGAUUGAGGAAUCCAAGAAAUAG